AUGUCUCUAACAACUCAAGUCAUUUCCAACAAUGGAACCAUGGAUAUAGAAAAGGCGAUACAAUUGAAACCAGGAGUGCAAACGAAAGGACGAAUUUUUCCCUCCAACGCGUUCUCGGGGUCGGGAAAACGAAGUUUGGGUUUUAUUGGAGCAACACAUCUUGGUCGACGACUGAUAACUGAAGACCACUAUUUUCAGGAAGUCACAGGCCUUUCUCGUGCUGCUUACGUCCAACAGAAUGGAGCUCAAGACUUUCACAAAAGAAACAUUGACGUUGCGAGGCAAAUGUUAUACGAAAACAGAACAGGAUGCAUUAUUGAAUGUGGAAUGGCAAGUCUCGCAACAGAGGUACAAAAGACACUUCGAGAAUAUACAAAAACAAAUCCCGUGAUCUAUAUUCUGCGAAACAGUCAAAGGAUUCGAGAAAUGCUGAACAUAGGAGAUUUCGAAGCUGCACGUUACGAAAACGCCGAUGCUGCUCAUCGAUUUUGUUCAAAUUAUGAAUAUUAUAAUUUGCACGAUAGAAGUUGUGAUGGAAUGGCGAGUCCGAAAGAUCAAGGACUUCCCAAUGUUUCAUCAAAAUUAAAACAUGCAAAGGAAGACUUCUCGGCGUUUCUUGACUUCAUCACGGGACAAGGUGUCCUUCGUAAUAGUUUAGAAAGUCCGUUCUCUAUUGCGGCUUUGCCACCCGAGUGCAGACUAUAUACCUAUGCAUUGUCUGUUCGUAUGUCGACAAUUCCUGAUCUGGAUCUUCAACAAUUGGAAUCUGGAGCCGACGCAGUUCAAAUCAAGGUUGAUGCCCUGAGGUCUCCCGAUAUCCAAAGAGAUUUAGCCAAACAGGUUUCAACGGUAAGAAGGGAACUUGGGGUACCUGUUAUCCUCCAUGCCGAAGAAUAUGCAUUUGAAGGUCUCUCAUUGUCCUCAUCUCAAAAAGAAGAUGUCUAUUUUGCAUUACUUGAGCACGGGCUCCGGCUGGGGUUGAAUCGUGUCAUGCAGCUUGUUCGGUCUUCUGGAAGGACAAAAACUAUUGGACACUAUCUUCACCGCGUCGAAAACUCAUGGGGAUGGGAUGACGAGUCCAGGAUGAUACAGUAUCGGAGAGCCGAGUCGAUAGGUUGUGAUAUAGUAAGGUUCGCUCGAGCAACCUCGAAAGAAAGUGACAAUGAGACUGUUCGCGGGUUCCUGAGGAAAAUCGAAUCUAUACCAGGCCACCUUCCCGUAAUCGCCUAUAAUCUUGGAGACCAUGGAAGGAGUUCUCUAAUUGAGAAUCGAAUUUUUACACCAGUAACGCAUCCUAUCAUGAAUUCUACCGUUAGUAAGAGUCAACUCCGACAAUUCCUUCCAACAGCAGCAGAGGCUCGGCAAGAACUAUACCGAAAGUCUAUACUCGAUCCACUUCAUUUUGUACAUCUUGGAGCCAGUGUGGCCUACAGUUUGUCUCCAGCAAUGCACAACACAGCUUAUGAAGUGUGUGGUAUGAGCAACGAUUUCCAAUCAUUACAAGUCAAAUCCGUUGAUGAUAUUCAUGCUAUCUGUCAGCGACCUGAUUUUGGUGGAGCAGCCAUCACACAGCCAUUCAAAGUCCAGAUUAUGUCGCGAAUUGGCCCAAAAAGUUACCAUGCAAAAGCUAUUGGGGCUGUGAACACACUCUUACCACUUCGGCCAUCCUCAGACGGCAAUUCUCUUGACGGUACCACGCAAUCCUUACUUCAACACGCAAAUCGUCGAAGUAAAGCUGGACCCGUCACUGCUUAUUAUGGCGACAACACCGAUUUCAUUGGGAUAAUGACAUGUCUCCGUCGUAACAUAUCUCCAAGAAAUGUCGUCCAGCCAUCCAAAACGACGGGACUAGUCAUCGGUGCAGGUGGUAUGGCACGAGCAGCUGUGUAUGCCAUGAUUCAACUCGGUUGUCGCAAAAUAUUCUUAUUCAAUCGAACACUAGAGAAUGCUCAGAGAGUUGCUGAUCACUUCAAUUCGUGGGCUACUAGUUUGAGUAAUCAUGGCAAAAUUGUACAUGUGUUGCAAUCAUCGCAGGAGCAGUGGCCACAGGGCUUUAGCCCUCCUACUAUGAUUGUCUCCUGUGUCCCGGCACGAAAUGUAGGGGAUCAGCCGCCAGCAAACUUCACGAUGCCUUUACAAUGGUUGGGUAGUCCUACUGGUGGAGUUGUUGUAGAGCUCUCCUAUAAACCUCCACUCACAACUCCUCUCCUCUCUCAAAUCCGCCAAUUCCGCUCCGAAACCAAAACUGCCUGGGUAGUAGUCGACGGUCUUGAAGUCCUUCCCGAGCAGGCUAUCGCUCAAUUUGAGCUGAUGACUGGUGUUAAAGCGCCCAAGAGACGCAUGAGAAUGGAGGUAUAUUCAAAUUAUCAUAAAUAUGGGGAAGGAGAGGACGAUAGACAAGCAUGGAUGGGAUGA